AAACAUAAACAUUCUAAUCUUGCAAGCAGUAACCUUUAUUCCGCAAGCACAGGAAGAGGAGGGCAAACUAUGUUUCUCUGAGUAGAGUUACCAGUAUUGCAAUAAACAGGACGUUUUUUUGUGAAAUACACCCCUAAAAUGGACAAGCUAACUACAAUCAGCGCCGGGCUGUUUAUGGCGGCGGAUGUGUGUGCGAUCGUUAGUUUGGCCAUGCCCGAUUGGAUUGUGACCAGUGUUGGAGGUGAAACGCGGCUGGGAUUGAUGUGGACGUGCAUGACACUGUACAACCGGCCGCAGGUUUGCUUCACACCGGAGCUGCAGCCGGAGUGGCUGAUCGCGUUGAUAUGCAUUUUCGUGGGUUGCAUCUGCAUUACCACCACCAUCAUACUGCUGGCGUCCAGCAACUGGGACCGUAAUGUGAUCCCUUAUGCCCGGUGGGUCGGCUUUACUGCAAUGGUGCUGUUCUGUCUUGCGGCAGUCAUAUUUCCGCUCGGAUUCCAUGUGGACGAGAUCGGUGGCCAACCGUACCAUCUGCCCCAUUCGCACCAGGUCGGCAUAUCGUACAUCAUGUUCGUGCUGGCCCUGUGGAUCACGGUCAUAUCGGAGCUGUUUGCGGAGAAGGUGUGCCUGCCGCAGUUUUAAAGGCCCCAUUCGCCCCGGAGCAGCUCCGGCGCACAUAUCGAUGUAUCUCAACUUUUAUGCUGUAUUAAUAUGUCACCCCCUCCCUCCACAUUUACGCCCCAGUGCUGUAACGUUUCUGAACAAUUGAUGGUACUUCUUGCUUUCCUAGUGAUGGAAUUGAACAAACUAAAAAAACCAAAAGAUACAAAUUGUACUUUGCUGUAGCGAUUAAGGAUAGGUAUUGGAUUAAGAAAUUAGUUAAUAAUUUCCAUUAUUUUAUAUUGGUGAGAAAUAAAUUUGCUGUGCAAUAUUUGUUUUUCCACAU